AUGAAAACCUCAACACUCAUGACAAUGGUCCUUGCGGCUGCCACUAACUUCAUGGUCCAUGCCGCAACAGUGAGCAAUGAUCCUGUCGUGGAACCUGUCCUCAACCAGAUGACCUCUCAAGGCUGCUGGAAGUCGAAUGGCAACUUGACAGUCGGUUACGAAGGAGUGAAGACAACAAGUGGUUGGUGCUGGGAUAUUUGCAAGAAGAAGAGCGCCAAGGUUUUCAGUGUCCAAGCAUCCAAGUGCUACUGUGGCGACGUUUAUCCCAAGGAAGGUGAUCAAGUUGACGACGACAAAUGCAACUGGCCAUGCCCUGGCUACGGCAAAGCGGCUUGUGGUGCUCUGAAGAAUUACUGGUCAGUCUACAACUCAGGCGAAGACCUUGCGCCCGACAAUUAUGUGCCAGAAGAAACGACGACAAGUGCUGCCCCUUCUUCCACCAAGGCUGCGGAGACUACUGCCGCAGAGGAGUCUUCUCCUGCAACAGGAACUCAGGACGCCGCUACUACUUCAGAAGCCGCUUCAGAUGAUAAGAAAGAUGGCCCCAACGUGGCCGCUAUUGCCGCCGGCGUGGUUGUCGGCGUGGUAGUCAUUGCUGCUAUCGGGGGUGGUGCUAUUUUCUUCGUUCGUCGCCGACGCAAUGCUGAGAUAGAGGAGGAGCACCGUCGGAACGCGGCUGUAAAUGCUUUCAUCAACGGCUCCAAGCCCCCUGGCAGCAGCGGUAGCAUCUCUAUGACUGAUUCGCGCCUUGACCCAGUCAUGGCUCACCGACGACUCAGUGACGGCAGCAUCGCCGAUAACCAAGAUUACUCUCGAAGAAUUCUACGGGUCACCAACGCAUGA